GCGCAUCCGCCUUUGCUCUCUCCCUCGUUGCGGUUUCAGCCCGGGAGGGAAUCGGGAGCUGGAGCUGGGUCGCCCCGGGGUGGUGGGGUUUCUCGUUACACUCCUCAGUCUCCACUACCUUAAAAUGCCGGGGGCAUAGGCGGCCCCAAGCGGCGUCCGCUUCUCCGGGGCGAUGCGGGGCCUUGCCGGUCAGAGCGGGAGGGGCGGAGCGGCCCAGCGUGCGGCGGGAAGCGCCAGCGCUCCCUCAGCGGUUCCGCCCCGCUCUGGGGCGCGCAGCGGGUCGCCCGUCACUGGCGGCCGCACGGCUUGUGCCGAGCUGCCGGGGGGGGGUGUGCUGUUAGACCAGCCCCCUCAGCGCCGGGGGACAGGGUGGCUGGCGUCCUCAGGCGUGCUGGCGGCGGGGGAGGCCGUGCCGCGGCGGGGGAGAGCUGCGCGGCGGCGUGCCCGGCCUUCUGCCCCGCCGUUCGGCGCGCCCUCGCCUCAGGCGGUCCCUGCGCUCCUGAGGCUCAGCUAAAGGUGGUGCUGGCACGGGGAAAUUAAAUACACCUUUCAACAACAGACCGAGGUGUUGUCUAAAUAAGGCAAAAUCUGUUACUUAAUAUGAAGAAAAACAGAGGUCGAACAGGCCGAAAGAGAAGAAGAAAACACUUGCAGAGUUUUAUGGGUGGAGUCAACUGCAGUCAAAAGCUGGAAUACAUUAAACUUAAGAAGUGGCUGAAAAACAGAGGAUUUGAAGACAGUAAUUUAAGGCCAGCAGAGUUCUGGGAUACAGGAAGAGGACUGAUGACAACAAAGGCUCUUCAGGCAGGGGAUCUGAUUAUUUCAUUGCCUGAGAAAUGCUUGCUCACCACGGGCACUGUCCUUAGUAGCUGCCUGGGAGAAUACAUUAUGAGAUGGAAGCCUCCUGUAUCUCCUUUGAUAGCACUGUGCACAUUUUUAAUAGCAGAGAAGCAUGCUGGUGAGAAAUCUCUGUGGAAGCCGUAUCUUGAUGUUUUACCCAAGACAUACACUUGCCCUGUUUGUUUGGAGCGUGACGUAGUAAGCCUUCUUCCCGAACCUUUAAAAAAGAAGGCUCAGGAACAGAGAACGACAGUCCAUGAGUUGUAUGUGUCUUCCAAGGCUUUUUUCUCUUCUCUGCAGCCUUUGUUUGCUGAGAACACAAGAACUAUUUUUAACUACAGUGCUCUAGAGUGGGCUUGGUGCUCUAUUAAUACCAGGACAAUAUACAUGAAACAUGCACAGAGGGAAUGUUUUUCUCUUGAGCCAGAUGUUUAUGCAUUGGCACCAUAUUUAGAUUUGCUAAACCACAGUCCAAAUGUUCAGGUAAAAGCUGCAUUUAAUGAACGGACAAGAAGCUAUGAAAUUUGGACAAAUUCACAGUGCAGAAAAUAUGAAGAAGUAUUUAUCUGUUAUGGGCCUCAUGAUAAUCAGCGACUGCUACUAGAAUAUGGAUUUGUUGCCGUGGAUAACCCUCACAGCAGUGUUUAUGUCUCAUCAGAUACUCUCCUCAAAUACUUUUCACCACUGGACAAGCAAAGAAAUGCAAAACUCUCCAUUCUAAAGGAUCAUGAUUUCUUAGAGAAUCUGACCUUUGGAUGGGAUGGACCAUCUUGGAGACUCCUCACAGCCCUUAAGUUGUUAAGUCUUGGAGCAGAUGAAUUUACUUGCUGGAGGAGAACGCUGCUCGGUGAUAUAAUCUCAGCCAGAAAUGAAGAGCAGACUUUGAAUAUAGCAGCAAAAAUAUGCAAUUUUUUAAUAAAGGAGACACAGCAUGUCCUUCUCCAGAUUUCCCAGUUGAAAAGGAACAAGGAGAACCUCAAAAACCACCUGGCUUUGGUAGAAGCGCUACGCUUGGAAGACCUGAAGGUACUACAAAAAUCAGCUGAGAUUCUUUCCAGCUUGAAUAUGGUGACAACUUGACUCAUCUGGAGCUGUGAUAGCUGUGGCUGAUUGGAGCUCAUUUGCUAUGGAUGUGACUUGCUCAACUGUUUUAAUGGAAUGGAGCAGCAAAGAAUAAUGUAAAAAAGUCAUCAGAAUAUGGCUAGUUUUGUUUACAGGGUCACACAGGAGCCGGGGUCUUAUUUUGUUCUUUGCUGACCUUCUUCAGUAAUACAAAGGAUUAGCCCAAAUGGUGGGGGAGCACAGGUGGCUUUCGACACAUCUUGUUGAAAUCAUGGCUGCUGUGAGCAAAACAGCUUCUGGGGUAAUUUGGGCAGCCCCAGGGUUGUGGGCUCCAGCUGUCCUAGAAUUUAUAGCUGCCUGUGUGGCUCAAGUAUGGAUCAUAGGAUUGAACAGAUACUCCUCAGCAUGUGUUUGAGCUCUGGUUGUUGACAGAGAGGAAGAGGACAGAGCCACUUAACAUUUGCCCUGUACUGAUCCUGGAGUAAUAGAUGCAGACUAGAGCACAGAUCAACCCUACUGUGAACCAACUCCAAAUAAUUUCCUUUGCAAUUUCAGCCCAAGUGUUUCUUGAAUGUUAAGGAAGCAUGAAUUUCCCUCCUUUACUCUCUCAAAGCUCCUUCCAGACUCAAUAGUUUGUGUUCUGACGACUCCUGCUGGGAAUGAGAGCCGAAAGGAUAUAUCACUUCAAACUCUGUUUCUUGUUUGGAAGACCACCCAGGCAAUUAAUUCUGUUGCCAUUUGGUCCUGGUGAUCACAUUGAGAAAUGUUUCUAUUCCGUCUACAAGGGGAUAGUCUCAUGAGCUGCUUUUCAGUAUUAGUUCUACUUAAGUAGGGAUCUAGAGCUCCCGAUGUCAAUUAGGCUAGAGAGACUUCUUCAAGGGCUAUUUCAGGGCAGGACCCUUACUUAAGCUGUAAAAACUUCAUUUAUAAUUGUGAUUGUGUUGUGAUUAUUUUGCAUUUUGUGGGGAAUCACAUUUAAUAGAUUUUUUCAUUAUUUUUAGCAUUUUUUUAGAACUCUGUUUUUAAAGUGUUUAUUUUUGUAGAAAUAUUGCUUUAUUUUCUACAAAGCUUCUCUAUUUUUGAAAUUAUGGAAUGGUAUACAGCAGUAAAGGCAUUCUAGCUAAUGAUAUAAUUUAAGGAAAGAAAUGCAACAAGAGAAAACCGUUAAGUAUUCAAGCUCAAAUGCACUUUCAGACUUUUUGUGGUACCUUGUGAACAAGAAUAUUAUUGUGUAAACUUGCUAGGAUUCCAGGGGUUUUCCUUGCCUUUUUAUUUUUUUUUUUCCUUGCCUCAGUCUGUUUGGGAGAGGAAAUGUCUUGGAGCUCUGAGAAGGGCCCUUCCCUGCCUAGAAGGAUGUGUUUGGUUUGUGUUCAAAGGGAGAAGUGUAACUGUUGUUACUCAGUUUCCAAAACCAAAAGUUCUUGGUUUUGAGGUGCCAUCUUUGUAAUCUUUUCCUAGGAUUAGGAAAUUCUGAAAAUAAGCUUUUUUUCUGCCUUGGUUACUGUAAUGCACUGAGACUCUUGUACUCUGAGACUUCCUGUAUUGUUCAUAUGGAGAUACAGCGUGUUGUUACUUUACAUUUCAGAGCAGAGGGCAGUAUGAAUGAGUUGAGAGAGGAACUGAAGUGCUUUUUGGCACUAGAAGCACAUUUAUUGAUAUCCUUUGGGCCAACUUGCUUUCACAUUUGCCUAAACUGUGGUUUUAACCUCUGCAAGUCACUUGGCACCAUAUUUUAUACUCCGGUCAGUCCCAUUCUGAAGUACUGACUGGGGUGAGGUGACUGUCUGGGUUUGGGAAUGCAAUCUCUACUGAGAUUAUAUACAGAGGGCAACACUCAUUAGCUUGUGUGAGGGUCCUUCUGUACCACUGAGCCUACCUACAGCAGAGAUAAGUGGGGCUAAGACCCUGACCCCCGUGCCUGUUGCCCAGCCAUUUUGGUUAGGUCUGCAAAAAGAUCUACAGAAGGUGUGGAUGGCUUAAAGCGGGUGGAGGGUGACUGAGCAUUCACAGUGUAAGGGCUUUCAAAGGAAGCUUAAAGAAGUCAGGUUCAAAAUUAACAGAAUGUGGUGACAAACCCAUUGAUGUUACUAAGGUAUAUGGAUACAAAAAGUGACAUGGGUGAAAAGCACAUACACAUGGAAGACAGAGCUGUUGGCAGUUACCAGCCAAACAACUUUGUCCUUACAUAGUCCCCUGAUCUCAAAAUACUUGAAGGCUGGGAGGGUAUUGAUGGCAAGUAUUGUACGUGCUUGACCUGUGCUUGCUCUUUUAAGGUGUUGGUGGACACUCUGGGAAACAGGGUAGUGGGCUAGAGGGAUUCUUGCUUUCAACAUGUCCUGCAGUUUCUAUGAUUACAUUUGAACUGUUUGACCUCUUUCUUUCUUUUAAUAAAUUCUUUUUUCAUUCUCUAAGAACAGAUGUGUUACUCAUUUUAUAAUUUUAUAAUGAGAUGGUACCAGAGUUAAAGAUGAUAAGGAUGUUUGGUUGUGGUUUUGGUUUGGGUUUUUUUUUUUCUUUUUCUUUUUUUUUUUCCUGGGGAUGGCUAUUUUGAGAACAAUUUUUGUAGGAUGUCUUGCAAGAUGGAUACUAGUUUGACAGAAGUUUAUUUGCUUUGGUAUUGCACUAUAGACUACACAUUUAUACCAGGUGGUUUGAAUAUGGGCUCUACUUCUGUAACUCCUACACACCCUCCAGGGAGUGUCGGAAGGAGAUCUGGCAGUGCAGGAGAGUAGGCAGUAUGAAUUGCUUGUCUGUGUCUUUCAUGUAAGCACAGCAGUAAGCCCCCAGCUUUGUAGCAUUGUAGCAAGCGUUCUGAAUAGAGCCAUGUGUGUUUAAUGUCAAAGGCAAAAUCCUGCCUGAAUAAACUAUGGAAUUGGAACUAGUGCUUUUGUAGCACACAUCAAUAGCAAUGGAUUUUUAACAAGAAUAAAUGAAUGUAACCUGGGUCAUGAUUCGGCAUUUAUGUAUAUAUAUGCCUAGUCAGCAAAACCUUAAAUUCUUUUUUUGAAUCAAACCUAAACUAUAUGCAAGGCAGGGCAUCCCAAGAUGGGCUAAGAGCUAGGGUGCCUGAAGAAGUAACGGCACUGGGACUGCUCUCCAGCUGUCUUACAGAACACUAAAUCAUGUUUUCAAAGAGUGAAGAUGCUUAGUCUCAGCCUCUGCUUUAACUAGAGCCCCUUUGAGCUGCAGACAUCUUAAUCGCUUAGCUUUAGUGUCAUGAUGUUAACAUUUGACUCUGGCUCUCUGUUAGUCUAAGAAGGGAUUUAGCUGUGAUCUUAGUGUGGAAAGACAUAGUUAUUCCCCUCUUCGUAUAAAUUCCCUUUCAGAUAGUAUCUGCAAAUCUCAGCAACAGGAGGAAUAAACCACAGCUUUUUACCAUUAGCAGUACAAACCUGGUAUAGACCACGGCAGUGAGCUAGAUUCUCUUCCAGCUUGUGCAGUGUUACUCAGAGACCUAAAGUAGGAAUGCAUUCUGUGACUACAAUGAAGACACUGAGUUUGAGUAGGUGCAAUGAGAGAAGCUUUAUUUCUUGUGAUAAGAGCAUGAGAGAAAUAGCACAGAUUGAUUUUUAAUAUUUUUUUUUGAGGGGGGAGUUGAUUUAGUGCAGUCCGAGGUCACCAAAAAUUGAUCAACAUGAAAUCUCAUGACAGUAUCUUUCCUGUGUCAAUUUAUGUAAAUAUGGCAUGGAUUUUCUUUGAUCUUCUACAGAGAGUGGCUUCUAGUUUACAGUUUUCUUCAGCUGUAAUGUGUGGAGAUCAUCUAUCAUUGCUAAGUGCCUUUAGACCUACCUGUUUCAGGACAAGAUAAGGGAGUAUCAACUCUCACACCCUGAUAAUUAAAGCUUUUAGGUACACUGUGAAAACAUUUCACAGAUGACAUUCCCAAAGAAAGAACUUUUAAAAAGGAUGUCUACCAAGUAUGUAGCCCCUCCCCACCUAGCAGAUAAAGGAUACCCCUUUAAAAGUGCCACACUUGGGCAUGACUUGAAGGGUUUGUUUGUGCUUGGUGCAUCUAUGACUGCAGUGAUGGAGAUAAUGAACUCCAGGACAGAGGGAAAUUGUCCCAAUAGAACUUUGUGUGUUUCUUUACACAAGAAAUGUGAACUAAAGGUGUUAAAAAUUUGCUAACUUUCCCUCAGUUUGGAUGAGCAGUUGGAUCUGAACCAUGUGAAAUCAAUGGUUUUAAUCCUUUCAGUACAAAAGCAGUUCAGUGGCUGAAUUCAAGUAGAACAACUUGAUUUUAUCCCUGUCCAACAAAGCUUAGGUGGCAUCAGUCUGCUGCAGGUUGGAAUGUAAAGGAAAAAAGUACAUUUCCAGUUCAUUCCACUGAAUGUUUUAGUGGAUAUCUGUAAUUCCAGUAUAAAGUUUUAGAAAGCACCGCAACGAGUUGUAUUCAAUGGAAAAGCAAAGAUACUCAAUGAACCCCAAACUAAAUUGCAUAAAACUAGUACAAAAUUUAUGCAGUCUCUGUGUUGUCCACUAGAUGAUGCAACUGUACUACAGAGAAACAUGAAAUUACAGUAUAUCCAUAUGCAAUUAUAAUCCUAUUCACUGUAUUAUAUUUUUAGUAGUAGAAAGCGUAGUCUUCAAUGACACACCAUGGUUGGUAUUAGAUAAAUAGUUGAAAAUGCAGUUUUCUUUCUGCUGGUUUCAAGUGAAACUUGAAGCUUUGUAAUCUUCUAUCUUUUAUCUUUUUUUUUUUUAAUUUAUUUUAACUUUGUUGGAAUUUCUCCUCCCUCAAGUUGAAUCAUGUUGUUCUUCCCUGACACUGUCACAUGAGACAUAACUAAUAGUUCAAAUCAUCUUUGUUAUGUUAACUUGACCCUAAUGGUUUAGUUAGUGGGGUUGCAAUGGAGAACUGUCUGCUCACAUAUUUUUUCUUCAGAAAUUACAGGCCAGAUUCAUCUUUUGCACAGAUUGCUUUCAAUAAUGUCCUUUGAUGUGGCUGAUUGAACUCUGAAAUAUUUCCUCUGUGUACGGUGAUUUUGUGCACUGUCCCUUGUGUCAGUUCUCUGGCGUCUAAUAGUAAUAAGCUGAUGUUUGACCCUUUCCUUUGCUGGGGAUUUCUACACUGCCCGUUUUUGUGACUUGUGUCUGCUUAUUAUUUUUGAUGUGUGUUUGUUGCCUUGCUCAGUUUCCCAAGGGCUUCUGAAAUAGCCAGUAUGUGUCUACUCUGCGUGUCCUUAAGAGUCCCUUCAGGUUGCCCCAGUUGCCCCACAGCUAAAAAGAGGAAGAGUGGAGAGAUCUGCUCCUUGCAAAGCUACUGUUUUCUCCUGAGGCCCUAUCUCCUUCCCUUAGCUCUUUCCCCGUACCUCUAGUGUCGGACCAUACUGUGACAUACCAAUCUUGAGAGCACUGAAGUGAUUUGGGCUCUAGUACUACCCUGUGUGUGGCAGGAGGUAGUUGUUUGCAGUGCACUUUUAAUGUAAGAAUGUUUUCCCUCUUCACAUAUACCUGUAUUUGUUCCAAGUCUGGCAGGGCUAGCUGUGUCCAGUGCUCUACCUCUCCACUAGGAUGCCAGAGUUGGACUGGAGACACUGUUAGAUGAGCACUGUAUCCCUCGCAGAUACAUCCAGCAGGCACUGGAUGUGCUAUUUUAGUAGCUCACUCCUGCUGGGGCUGCUCUGGAAGGAGCUGGCAGUAGCAGUUUGGUUCUUUUGACCCUUGGCAGGGAAUGAUGACUAUGGAGAGGACAGAGGAAUAUUCUCAGCAUGAGGCUGGUGCCAUGCCUGUCUGUACCACCCUGCCUGGGCUGGCAUCCAGAGCCUGUAUCCGUAAGAAGCCAGCCCUCUUUACAGCAAAGUAGUGCCAGUGCAUUUGUGUAUCCUUCCCACGAGAUGGACUUUGCAUGGACAGAGAUACUUGGUGAAGGUGGUCUGGCCUGCAGAGGAUGUUGACGAGAAAUCAGAAGGGACCGUGCCAUCCCAACAUGACUCAUGCUGCUCUGCACUGUUUCUGAUGAGUACUGAGAUGCUGGGCUAGCCAGCCCCUGGCUCAGGAGUGGGAAAACACUGUGUAGGUCAUGGGAGACUCCUAAAGGCCUGCUAGGAGUGCAGUGUGGGUUGGGUUGCAGAGGUGGAAGCGGGAGGGUGGGCUAGUACAAGAGGGACAGGGUGGUCCCACUGGAGAGGGGGUGUUUUGUACACUAAUAAAGAGCACACACUCCUCUGACUUUUCUCUGCCUCUGACUUCAUGUAGAUAACUGGACAGUCCUGCUGCUCUGUCAGAAAUGGUGUGGUGGCCAGGGUGGCAAUUUCUGUGCAGAGUGGGAAGGAGCUGAGAAGGUGAGAGGGGUAAACAUACAGUCUGGACAGUAACCCUUAGAAAAUUUUAUAGCAUCAGGGAACACAUAUGUGUGCCAUGCUGUGGCUAGCCAGUGCUAUCCCAGCUUCAUGAGAGCAAGGCUAUUCGGUUUACUUGGCUGUGUAACCCUAGUUUGGUAAUUUUUCUGCGCAAUUAGAGCAGAGGCCCUCGGCUGAAAGACAGGGGAGAAAAAAUGCUGUUUGUGCCAGAGCUGCAGUGAUAAGGGAGCCUUUUGGUUGUGCUGGUCCAUCUGGGUGUCUUGGUGCUCCAUGCUGCCAUGUACCGAUGGAGACAGGUGUGGAUCUCUCAGUGUUGCCAGGUGGCAAAUCGGUCAUGUCAGGCUUCUGGUACUGCAGUGUGGUCAGCUUCUCUGUCUUGGACAGACAUCUAAUGCCUCCCACCAUCACUCAGUGGUGGGCUUGCCCUCCUGUAUGGAAUAGGAGUUGGCAGAUGUGAGCUGCUCUGGCUGGGAUGCUCUUGGGUGUGGAGCUGUCUAGUGAGGUAGGGAAUGUGUAUUGGAGGAAACAGAAAGCAAUGAGAAGUCCCCAGAUUUCAUGUGGCAUUUCAAAUGGGGUGCUGUCAUGAUCACUGCUUUGAAUAUGCUCCGAGGCUAAGAUGGUGGUGGUGGUCAGAAAGUUGGGCUUUGAGCAUACAGCCAACAGCAUUCACAAAGACAGUGUAGGUGUGGCAUUUGAGACUGCUCUUUUAUGUCACAUUUGAUAGAUAUUGGCUAAUGUGUUCAGAAAAUAUGUGAGUGGGAGAACAGCAUAUUGAGAUAUACAGAGAUUUGUUUUUUCGUGCAUCCAGGCUACAAUCAAAAUAGAAAAAAUAGAAAGUCAGAAGUUCUGAACCCAACUUUGGGCUUAACUAUGUUGGAGACAAUGGCAAUGCUGGGUGCUUGUACCCCUGCAGAGAAGUCCCUGCCUAUGGGAAUGGCCAUUCCCUUUCUAGAUACGGGUAGAGAACCACAUCUGCUUGGCAUAGGCCCUGAGGAACACAGCAGAUCGGUCUGAUCUGAACCUUAGGAGACAACAUUGUCUCUCUCCCUGUCUGCUUCCAGCAAAAACUGUGGAAAAAUCAGUUCAUCCCGUGUCUAUUUUACAGUGAUUUAAUUCCACUUGGCUUUAACGGAGUUACACUUUGCCUUUGAUAUCUGGCCUCAGGGCUUCAUUAGGCAUAGUUAUAGUCCCAAGCUUGCUGAAAGAAAUUGGUUUAUGUGGGUUCACGCUUUCUUUUUUCCUUUGUCUUCCCCUGCCUCCCCCCCCCCCCCCCCCCCC